AUGGGCAUCGCACAGGCAGAGUGCAAUGCAGCUACGCCAGAUGUCGAAAGGAUGUACACAUAUACAUCGCUGGACGGCGACACAGGCUUGAGAUUGCAAAAGGACGUCAGCCUCGAGGAAACUCGCCCGGGAGUGAAGUUGGAUUGUUUCGGCGGCGGUUGUCCGUUCCCCGAAGGCGCCUCGUUGCGGAUGACAUAA